GAAGCAAGUGUGGCACUGUGUGGCACGAUGUGAAAGAAUUUGGAUCGUGCGAACUUUGUACAAAUAGUCAUAGCGUGUACGUGCGAUGCGUUACAUAUCAUUUACAGUGAGAUAAGGAUUCAGUUGAUUCAUCCGAGCGUGUACAUCGCGUAAUCGCAAUAAGCCGAUUGUUUCUCAUUCUUUGUAUCAAACUUUGACCCAGAGAGUUACGGCCUCUGUUUUUCGAGAAGUAGAAAAAGGAGUUAUACGGAAGGACACAAGCCACCUCUCGCCCUGUGCCACCGCUCGUUUGUUCUCUCUCGUUUUCUCUUGCAGUCGAUCUCUAUCUACCAAACGCAUCGUAGGCGCUCAUCGAAAAAAAGAAACUUGAACGUCGAGCGAGUGACGCUCGGCUAACUAAGCUCGAAGGGAUGCCAUCAACAUGGAUUUAUAUAAUCGUUAACCUGGUGGUUUAUGUGAUCGCUUCAUCAGAGAAUGAACAAACCAAAGCUUUUAUACAGUUAACCGAAUUCGAUUACGAGGAUAGGUGUGCGAGUACAGCCGAAGCUGAAUGGGCAUUCAUUAAUUCCCCAUCGAAUGAAACACUGCUGGCGUGGGAGGAGAAAUUGAUUUCUUAUGCUUCUUUUAAGAAUGUACAGAGAAAUGAGGUCGCCAAUGUUUCAAAAGCUGGUAUAAAUGAUCCAUCUUUACAAUACAAAUAUGAUGUAGCUGAAAAAGCUGGUGAUGCUUUGUUAGAUGGUGAAGAUUUUAAAACGCUCAUUCAUUUUGCUGGAACAGCAGAAUUAUUGAGAUUAUCUACAGUUCAUGCAGAAGUGUUAAAUAAUCAUACAAGAAAAGAUGUAGAGUAUCUUUUAACUCAUAGCAAUAAUGUUGAGACUAAAAAGAAUAUUUGGACAACUUGGCAUCAACAGUUAGCCCCAUUAGUUAAGAAUUUUACAACUAUACUUCCACUUGUUAAUAAAGCUGCCAAAGCAAAUGAUGCCAAAGAUGUUACAUCAUAUUGGGAGCUCUUAAGUGGUUACAAUGAUGGUUAUAAUAAUAUUAAGUACGAAUGGAGUAAAGUUUCUAAUCUUCAUAAAAAAAUAUUGAAAUUCGCAAUAAAUAAUCUAUCCCAAAAAUACAAGAUUCCUAUGAACGAUACAAUGCCAGCUUAUUUAAUUGGUUCUCUCCAAGGAAACGACUGGACAUCUAUAUCAGUUGAUGUAACACCUUAUCCAGAUAUAAUGUAUAAUAUUAAAAAAAAUCUCUGGAAAAGGAAACUUAUUGGAAAAUCACUGUACAAAACAGCCUCUAGUAUGAGCACACAAUUGUUGAACCAAGUUCCACAAGCUGACUUUUGGGAUAAAAGUCAAUUCAAUGCACAGUGUCCACCAAAAUUAAUUAAUUUCUGUGAGGAAGGCAGUAUGAGGGUAUCUACUUGCUUUGAGCCUACCAUAAACAACGUUCUUUCUGCUUAUAAAAAUGUAGGAAAAAUUAUGUUUAAUCAAAUGUCUAUCGAGUCAAUCCCGGUACUCAAUACAGCUAAUCGGUAUUCUGGUUUGGAAGAAGGUCUGUCAGAAUUAUUUAGUAUUUUAGCAGUAAGCCCUGCUUGGUUAAAUUACACCCACCUUAUAGAAGAAUCAACAGAUAACGAAGAACAUUUAAUUGUAUCAUUAAUGAUCAGUGCAUUGAAUAUAUUACCAAGUCUCGCUUAUUACAUGGCUGUAGAUACGUGGAGAAUCAAUGCCAUUAAAGAAGAGAUUACAAAUCCUGAAGAUUUAGUAUCAGCAUGGUGGAAGCAUAGACAAGAAUACGAAGGACUUAAUUCCAAUGGAACUAACGUACCCACGUUCUUAAAUGACGAAUACAUUACUAGCAACAAGCCAUAUCUUUCAAAAUUAAGUGGUACGCUCCUGGCAUUUCAAUUCUAUGAAUAUCUAAUGGAGUCUACGGAAAUUAGAUACGAUUCAAUUGUAAGAAAACAAAUAGAUGCUAAUUUCAUAAAAAUGAUUCAACACGGCGGUGCUGACGAUUGGAUGAAAGUAAUUAACAAAUAUUUAGAGAUAGAUGAAAUUUCAUCGGAUUCGCUUUUGUCGUUUUUCUCGCCGCUAGAGGAGUUCAUUGACGAGCAAGAAAACGAUUUUAAAUACAAAACAGUUAAGGAAUCAGAAUUGCUGGAGUUAGAAAAGAAAAUUAUUGCUGAAAUGAAUGCUCCACCGACCACUACUGCUAGACCUACUAGUACUACAUCAAAGAGUAUAAACGUAGAUAAAAAACCCACAAAUAAAACAUCAUGGAACAAAGAAAAUAAUGGAAAAAACGUCAUGAACGACGCAGUUUAUUCUAAUAAAAGUUUAGAGCCUAAAUCGCACGUACAUAUACCUGCGGAGAAAGCAGAAAAUCAUAACUCAGAGUCAAAAGCGACGACUAAUGUUCCUUUUGAUCAGUCGCCAGCCGAUAGCCUAGACAUGGAAGAAGAACAAGAUAAACCAAAGAUUAAUACUAGUAAGGCAGUAUGGGCAGUAGGCGCAGUGCUAUUAGCGACAGUCAUUAUUUGUACAAUUGCGAUCUUCGGAAGACAAAGAUGUCGUAAAACACCAAAAAAUAGACGCUACGUUUAACGAUGUUUCAGCAUUAAAAAAAAUAAAUAUAAAUAUUUAUUUUUGCAUUUACUUUAGAUAGCCUUGGCGUAAGUAAAUUAUUCAUCUAGCAAUAUACAUUCCCUGGUGUUAAUUGCAAAGUAGACGGAGACUCGAUAUUAGGGGAGGUAGCAAUAAAGAGAAAGAAACGAAAAAAUAAUAAGUAUUAAUGCGCGAAUGUUAUUAUGUUUAAUUGUGUUUUCUACGUCGAAACUAUUUCAUUUCAAUUAAAUGUGUUCAGUCAAAUUAUAAUGUGUUUAAAACAUAUUUUCUCGCACAAAUGUAGUACAGAUUGUACAAUAUAAUUAUUACUUUGAAAAUUAGUGAAGAAUUAUUGUAUAACAUAGAAUUGUCGUAGCAUGUAUGCCUAAGUACAACAGUUCCUCUAUAACAAUACCAAACCAUAAAAAAUGAAUUUAAAAAUACGCACAAAACAAUAAUGUAUCUUUUACGUUUUUUGUAGAACCCUUAGGUAAUGUAUGUCAUUAAUUUCUCUGAUAGUUUAUGCCUAUUGUACACAUCAAUUAAAGUAAGGCUUGUACAUAAUUACUUAUACAAUAGUAGGGUAACAUAGUAAAUUGCCAUCGUGUGUAACUACCAUGAAACGUGUCACAAUUACUAAAGACGUAUUUUUCUAACAUUUAUAUUACUGUGUACGAUUUUUGCAUACAUGUAUGUCGUUUAUAUGCAAUGUAUUGAAAAUUUAUAUUUUUUAUAAAAGUAUUUAUUUUGUACCUUACAAGAUAAGAUAAUAAAGUAUUGUUCUGGUACAAAGUUAAAAUUUAACGAUUUUAUACGUAUCGAAUAAAAGAAUAAAUAAAUUUAUCUAAUUUCUGUGACACUGAGACUCACUGACCACUGUACUAAGCAACAAAUAAAAUGUUUUGUGUUUUUUGAUAAUAAACUUACCUCUAAAAUUUGAA